ACCGAAUGGACGAUCUUUCACCAUGAAGGACGAUGUCGACGAGCGGACGACGUACCUGUGGAAUGCAGUGCAUGUGCUGGAGCGAAACCUCAAGGUGCUAGAGGAUCAGAUCCAUCAGACCGUCGCCUUCCGCGAGCAGAGAGAUGUGCUUGCGGCCAAGGUGGCCAAGGCCCUGGAAGAGUGCGCGGCCCAGGAGAACGUGCCGUCCCUGCAGCGCGCCUUCUCGACGUACGCCGAGGCGACGCAGACACUAAGCACAGACACGCGGGAGCUUCUGGUCGUUCGUCCUGAACAACAAGCGAUGGUGGAGCUUGCCCAGAUCCAGGACUGGGCCGUGGUGCCGAUGAAGCGCCUGCUGGAGGACCGCGACAAGUCCAUCAAGACCCUGAAGAAGGUUCAAAGGGACGUGGACGACAUGCUUCAGACCAACAAGGAGCGGGAAAAGCGGCAGCGCCUCGUGCAUGACCAACGGCGCCGCGUAGAGAACGUGAAUGCGCUGGUUGAUGUACAUAUGAAGCGCUUCGAGUUUUUCCGAGUCACCAAGCUCAAGGUAUCAUCAUCUAUCUACUACGUGCAUAUACCUGUCUCUAUCAACGCCCCCAUGACUACGAUGGGAGUAGAAAGUCAUGUCCGAGUUGGCGCGGGCCCAACUGCAUUACCACUGCAAAGGCAUCGAGUGCUUCUCCAGUCCUUGUCAAAUGGUGCCGCUGAUCGACCCGAUGACCGCGUCCGAGGACUUGGGCUCUCACUUGUACCAUUGCCAGCAACCCAAGCCAUAGUAACCAAGAAGCGAGACUAGUUAAUAACAGUUAGACCGAUAUCUUCGUGGCAACCAUAUUCAUAUAAAGUGACGUUAAACGUCAUAGUCGUGGAUGAUAGUAACGAUCUGGGCUAACAGUUAAUCUAAUGGAAGAUAGCUAUAACG